CUACGCUCCCACUACUACGAAAUGUCGAGCAAGGCGCCCAUUUUUCCGAUGCCGGAGCCCCAGCACUUCAGCGACUACGGCUUCGACCCCCAAAUCGACUAUUUCCAGGUUCUUGAAGAGACCAGAAAACACAAGCGUGAUGGAACAAGAUCGAUAGACUCGAUUCACUUCAAGCUCCAGAAGCCCAUUUCCAAGGACGACCACUACUCCAAGAAGCCUCACAACAAGAAGAAGCGCUGGUGGAAGUCCGCUCUGCUUUUCUUCAAAUGGGGCUGGACCCAUCACCACCACCGCCACAGCCGCCUCUGCGGCGGCGGCCGGGAGGACGUGCACCAAGCCAGGGCCAAGGCUUUCCGGGCAUCGAUAUCUGGGCCGAUUUAUAUCACUGAAAGCAGAAGUGGGUCGAGCACGCCUUACCGGACGGCUUCUGGGCCGCUGGCGGGGACUAUGUCGCCGGUGAGUAAAGGGGAGAUGGAGAUUCCGUAUCUGAGCCUGAGGGAGCUUAACAUGGAGCAGCAACAGAGGGUGUCAACCUCAUCAGCCAUGGCCAUUUACUUGGUCACUUGA